GGAGGGACAAUUUUGACGUUUGGCUUAUUCAAUUAUGUUGUGAUUGAAAAUUAAAUUUUUCUUGACAAUUAAAUGCAGAAGAUGAAUGUAAGUUACAAGAGGUCCUAGAGGUCAUGAGUGGCAGGUUAUCUCAGAGUUGCAAAAUGACUUCCAAUAAAAGUUAAUUAUCAGUAUCGUCACAACACAUACCGGUUACAACUCGAACUGAGAGUUACAGCUAUGGAGCUGCACCUUCUGUUGAUGUCUGCUUGCUGUCUGCUACAGGCCUCUGCAACUAUUAUUAUUUUAGAACACCCCUCAGACCAAGCCAUUGUGUAUGGACAGGACUUGUUUCUAAAUUGCUCAGCCCGGAAUCUCACAUCUGGAAUCAAAGAGGGCCUAAUAAUACAUUGGCAGCUAAACAAUCUCCCUAUCAGCCGUCCAACCUCUGUGUACUCCAACGGGACCCUGCUGGUACCAGGGGUCACAGCGAAUGACCUUGGAAACUACACGUGUAUGGUGCACGACUCUGCCAAUGUGUUCCUGUUGGCUUCUCAUCCUGCAAAUGUGUUCCAUGCCUACAUUAAGAUGUUUGAGGUUAGCCCAGUGCCUGUGUACGCCAUCGAAGAUGAGAUUGUAUCAUUUGACUGCAUCACAGGAGAGAGUGCCCCACCACCUCACAUUUACUGGGAGAGGAACGGAGAAUUGUACACAGGUGGCGAACAGUACAGCGCUACAUAUGGGGGAUAUUCCCCAAACUCACUUGUCAUCCAGUACUCCAUGAGACUUAUCUUGAAAGCCAAGCCCUACUUAGAUGGAGCGUACAACUGUGUGGCACGAAAUCCCGUGCUUAAGAUAGAUGUCAGGAGCCUCAAAGUGCGCAUGCAGACUGCUGAGAUGGAGUCACCCCCUUAUGUGAUAAUGGAACAACUGAUACCUAACGUGAUCACCCCGCUAGGACAGCCACUGAUAUUGGACUGCCCCGUUACCGGAAAACCCGCAGUGACGGUCACAUGGUAUAAAGACGAAAUCCAAUUGGGCGGUGAUUUUUUCACGCUGAAAAACAACUCGCUUCACCGACCGAUGUUAAUAUCAGGGGAUGAAGGGAACUAUACAUGUCAGGGCGUAAAUGGCCUCGGAUUGGCAAGAAGUCCUAACAUAUCUGUCAUGCUUGCCAGGAUAGACAUGACAUUCCGGGAGGUACCACAGGACCUAUACGGGAUAGCAGGGCUCCCCGCCAUACUGAAAUGUACCCCACCCUACAGUAUACCCUCUGCCAGGGUCACCUGGUACAAAGACAAUGCCCUAUUGGUGCCAAGAUCAGGUGAGCAGUCGGUGCAAGUGAUGACAUCAUCUAACGGCUCAUGGAAUGUUAUCUUUGAGGAGAUACAGAAGCGUGAUGAGGGGGAAUAUUUUUGUGUGGCCACAAACAACUUUGCUGUACCCCCUUCCAGGACCUCACAGGCUGCUACUAUCAGGGUGGGAGGGGCCCCAAUUUUCAUAGAGCCGCCCAUUGGUAAGACUGUUGAGAAAGGAAAGCUGGCCCAUCUUAGCUGCUAUGUACAAGGCGACCCCUUCCCGGAGGUCACAUGGCUGUUUGAGGACGUUGAAGUGACGGUGUCAAAUACAGUGUCAUUUAGACAGGGAAACCAGGAAUUAUGGAUAGGAAACAUAAAUAAGGGAAAUGAGGGGACAUAUACCUGCAGAGCAGUCAACAGAUAUGGGGCAAUACAGACCAAGGUCUACAUCAAGGUCCUGGUCCCUCCUGUGGUGUUACAGCCUGUUGGAGACACUGUGGUCAGUAAGGGGGACACAGUCAUCAUACCCUGUGGCAUAUACAGUGACCCUGCACCUCUCAUCACCUGGUUUAAAGACUCAGCAGCUGUAAUUAUGGGGGGUCGUUUCACUCAGAUACCGGAUGGCCUGUACAUAACUUCAGUACAAGUGGAGGAUUCAGGGACGUAUCUCUGCCAAGCCUCCAACAUGGCCGGAACAGUCGAGAACCAGGGGACUCUUACAGUGCUUGUGAGACCCUACUUUCUACAAAAGCCAGUUAGCCAGGUUGUCAACAGGGGGAAUAAUGUGACCUUGAACUGUGUUGCCAGCGGUUACCCCCAGCCACAGGUCACAUGGCUCUUCAAUGGUAGCUCUUUGUUCCCCAAGGACACCAUGCUAUCCCUGGACCAGAGUCAACUCCUUCUGUUGGGGGUUAACUGGCUCCAUGUUGGGGACUACACCUGCAGGGCGACCAACCGAGAGGGCUCAUCACAAGAGACUGCUGCCAUCAGAAUCAGGGUGCCACCGAAGGUAACCUCUAUAGAAGGUAUUCCUCUAUUAUACCAGGGCGAACACCUUCAGCUUACAUGUCGAGUGACCGGCAUCCCAGAUCCACUAAUAGAGUGGUUCCAUAACAGGGAGCAGUUGUUUACAAGCAGUAAUGGGCGAAUCUCCUUCCCUGAGCCCAACAAGCUGAGUGUGAUGUUUGCCAAUGAGAAUGAUGCCGGAAUCUACACAUGCAAGGGCUCCAACAAUGCGGGGGUCAGCCAGAAGGAUAUGGAGGUCUUCAUUAUAAGCAGGCCCAGUCCUCCCGUCCUGCUCUCAGCUUCUACGCUAAGUGCCAGCAGUGUAGAGCUAGCCUGGUCCACACAACAGAGGGAACCCCAAACACCCGUGGAUAAAGUUAUCAUAUUCUACAGGAAGAAAUUAGAGAUGUCCAGUACCUAUACAGAGGUAGAGCUAAUAUCCACCAUGCUUAAAUACACUAUAUCCAGCCUUGAUCCAGCCACAGAGUACAUUUUUAUGAUCUCAGCUAUCAAUGGGGCGGGGACAAGUGGUGUCAGCAAUGUUCUAGCUGCAAAGACAUUUGAUGCUGGACCAUCAGUGCCGCGAAAUUUCCACAUGGUAGAGGUGGAGUCAGUGAGCUUCACUGUGGGCUGGGAAAUCCCCCUGAAGACUAACGGCAAGAUCAAGAAAUAUCAGGUGACAUACCGGGAACAGAACAUGCUUGCAGAGUCCACAGUCAUAAUCCAAAGUGACAGUGACCCAAGCCAUGACUACAAGAUAGAAGGGCUGGCCCCUUAUACCUGGUACAAUGUCAAGGUCAGAGGGGCCACUAUAGAAGGGGACCAGGUACUGUGGGGAAACUGGUCAAAUACCAUGGAGGUCAAGACUGCUCAAGCGGCUCCAAGUGGAAUGGCAAGGGAGGUGAAGGCCACACCCCUGACCUCUGACUCUAUCCAGCUCUCAUGGGAGGCUGUCCUUCAAGAGGAGCAAAAUGGACCAAUUAAACGGUAUUAUGUCACCUACUGGUUGCUAAGCAACCUCUCUCAGCCAGUUGGAGAAGAGAUUAUUGACAAUCUUGACCUUCAAGUGAACAUCACAGACCUUGACUCUUGGACAUGGUACAUGUUCAAAAUCACAUCAGAAAAUGCUGGGGGCAGGGGGCAGCCAAGUGAUCCAGUCAAUGCAAGGACAUUUCCGACAGUGCCAACUGGAGCUCCAAGAAGUGUCACCGUGGAGCCUCAUAGUUCAAGGUCACUACUUAUCAAAUGGGAGGCACCCCCAGUUGACCAGUGGAACAGUGACCUAUCUGGCUUCAUAGUUCAAUACUGGAAUGACAUUACUAUGGGCUCCCUAACUUCACUUGGUGUCCUUGACCUCACCACCAUUGUCAAGAAUCUUGUGCCUUACACCCAGUACACUGUACGUGUUGCGUCCUUCACAAACCAGCUAGCCAAUGGGAUUGGCCCAUACAGUGAAAACAUCACUGUCAAAACACUACAAGAUGUUCCUGGCAUGGUAGAAAAUCUUCAGGUGAGAGCAACAACAACAUCUCUGAGGUUGUCAUGGAGACCACCACCUGUAACCAAUGGCAUCAUCUCUCACUAUCUUGUAACCUAUGUUAUGAUUGGUCGAGCCACACCAUUGGAUAUGGAUCAAAUUGAAGUUAACUUUACAGAAAAUAUAGGUGAUCUUGUACAAAAAGAAGCCUUAAUAAGUGAAAUAUUUAUAAACUUCUCACCUAAAAUAACAAGAGACUUGCUGUAUCCUAUAGCACAUAUGUGUGACACAGUUUAUUUAAAUAGCACAGCGCUAGAGAAGUAUGAGAAUACAACAGAUAUUAGCCAAUCAGAGUACUUGUUGCAAUUCAACAUAUCAAAUGUCCUUUCUGAUUGGAUGAAAGAUGAAGAUGUUAUGAUUGGUGAUUUAUGUGGUGGAUUAAAGUCUGCAAUACAAGAGAUACUCAUAGAUAAUGCAGGUCCGCUAGAUUCCAGCAUAUACAACCUAACGACAACAGCGAGCACAAUCACCUUGUCAGACCUGGAACCGGACUUUGUGUACAAUAUUACCAUCAAUGCAGCAACAGGGGCUGGGUAUGGAAGGGCUGUAUUGCUGGAGACCGCCACAUUGGCACCAGUACCUACCCUACCCACCACUGCAAGACCCAAGCCUAGACCCACACCCCGCCCUACCACGACUCCCUGGCCCCUGGGGCAAGAGGCACAGAUUUCUGACCCCCUCAACCUGCCUGUGAUUAUAGGCGGCGGGGUCGCAGGGCUGUUCCUAUUGGUGGUCAUAUUCUUGCUGAUUUGUUGUUUGUUUAUGAGGAGACAGAAGAAGAGACAGAGUGAUGAAAAGGCAAGCGUGAUUCAGCAGGAGUCAAUAGAAGACAACCAGUUUAACAGCAUGUACGGGCAACUAGACCGACCAAGGGCCCCGGCUAUUGCAGCUGCAGCAGAAGAUGGCACAGACUCUGUGGAUCUGUAUGCUGACCAGGUUCGCUUCCAGUCUCCUACACGUUCACCCAGAAAUGGAACCGCAAGGUCCUUCAUGACAGAGAGCAGUGGGAAUGUCCCUGUCGGCAAUGGACGUAGGAUCAGGGAAGCUUUCAAAGGCAUGUCCUUUGAUGAAAUAGAAGCCCAAAGAAGUGAUGACAACCCCCAUUACUCCGGCCUAGCAGCCCCUGGCACAGUAAAAGCGAACCCGGCCUAUUACGAGGAGUCAGCCUCCAGUGACCAGGAAUCCAUAUCUGUAUCCAUGGUUUUCUCUGCUGAAGAUUCACAGCUCAGAGAAUCCACAUUGAAACGGAAAAACAAAAUGAGGAGUAUGGACGCUGCUGCUAUAGCUAGGUUACGGAGCAGCACGUUGCCUUCGACAGUUGGUAGGCACAAUGAUAUGUCCGCUCUCAUCAGUGACGACGUGCAAAUUGUGUUUAAUGAAAGAACAGCGUUGUAAUGAAGCAAAAUGAAGUUAUAUCCUGCAUCCAACAUGAAAAAUGCAACCCCAUUGGUCCAGGAUAAUAUUGGGUCACUAAUCUUUAAAUCGUACCAAAAUGGCGUCUAUUUUCAAAUUCCUAUGAAUUAAUGAAACAUUUCCAAUAAAUUGACUAAUGUAAACUGGUCCUUUAUAUCAUAUAUUUACGUUACGGGGUUAGAAGGUGACCCCAUAUUGAAUAUAAAGGACGCAGGAAACAAUAUGCGAGUAUUGGAUAUCCCAUAUGGUUUCCUUUGCUCGGUAUAUCCCAUAUUGGGUUGACUACUGACUCGGUAACUUAUAAUAUCAUUCUGUAAAGUUUAUGACAUGAGGGAAGACUGAGUUAUGAACUUGCAUGUUAAAGUUAACUGAUUACUCUUUAACAAUCCUUGAUUAUUUAAAGAUUGUUGAGAAGAUGCUCUUCUGAAUUAUGGGGAGUAUAUGAUGCUACUGUUUUGAAUAUUUAACAUAUGUGUAUUUCAUUGUUCAAGCUUUGUAAUGAAGUUUUUUGCACAUGCUGACCCUGGUUAUUAUAGAGGUAUUUGAUAGGCAUUUCGCGCUGAACACUAUGACAGUUUGCAUUUAUAUUUGGUACUCUAAACGAUUACUCGAGGAUGGACAGCUUCUGACUUGAUUGUUCAGACAACCAAAAAUAAACUCAAACUUUUGAAGAAUGCCAGUUUCAUGGUCAUAUCAAUACGGAAUUUAUUUUAUGUUUUUUGUGUUGUUUUUGUCUGAUUAUAUUUCUGUUUUUAUCUUGACCAAGUCAUGUUGAAUUGUUUCUACUGUUUUCGUACCUGUUGUUCCAGUUUUAGUUGUAUUCUUGUGAUUAAAAGUCAUUAUUGUAUGUUUCAAACACAUAUUACGAGAAGAACAUUAUAUUUAAGCCAAGUUGGAUGUGUAUGUUGUUGUUAAAUAUUGGUACAUGCUUUCUUGUUGUUUAAUGUCAUUAUUGUAUGUCCAGAUGACAUAUUUAAUGUCUAAUGUCAUUAUUGUAUGUCCAGAUGACAUAUUUAAUGAGAAGAAUAUAAUUUUUUACCUGAUUUGGAUAUGUACAUGUAUGUUGUUAAUGGUAAAUUGAUAUUUGUACAUGCAUUUAACUUUCCUGUUUUGAAAAUGGUAUAAUAUAACUUAUUUUUUAUAUUAUUGUAUAAAAUUAAAUAUAAAUCCAAUAUUUACUGUGAUACCGAAUUCAGGUUGCUGUCUAUUCCACAGCUGAUUUUGAUCAACAUUUUUCCAUAGAUGAGUGUUUUAUGCAUACUAUUUAUUCCUUUGUCUCUGUUCAUCACAUGAUUGAAGGCCAAAAAUAAUGUGUUUGAUUUUUUAAGAGUGAAAUAUUUGGAUGUGAGAGCGGUUUAGCAGUAGGGGGUCUCAAAAGCUGUAGAUUUUAUCAACCACGGUUAGAGUUCACAUAUCUGGUUCAUGAUAAAUUUUUCGCUCGUUUAUUUAAAUGUUUGCAUUCAAAAAUAUUUGGUCAUUCUGAAUUCAUCUUAGGAGGUCAAUUUUCAUAUUCAUACUUUUGAAUGUAAAAAAACGCCAUAUAAACUUACAUAUUAUAAUAGUAACAUCAUCAUGGUGUUUCUUUUUUUUUAAAAAGCCCAUGCCAAUAUAGUAUAAUGGCGCAAAACUAUAAAGUUUAUUGGUCAGUGAUAAUGGUUUAUCAGUAUAAAUUAAAAGUAAAAUCAAUUGGAUGUUAAUAUGUUAAAUGCACUUGAAGCUGCACUCUCACAGAUUUACCAUUUUUACAACUGUUUUUAUUUUUUGUCUUGGAAAGAGCAAUAUUUUGCUUAAGUAUCUGCAAACCAAUGAUAUAAGGUUGCUGACAAAAAGUCAGGUCAUAGAUUUUCAUAUUUCCUUUCGAAAAUAAUGUUUUAUAUUUUAAACCGUUACUAACAGUUUAAGAGAAAUGCAUAAAACAUCAAUUUUUAAACUUAAAUAUAAAAAUCUGCGAUCAUUUUUUUUGUCAGCAGUCUUAUAUAACUGGUUUUCAGGGAUUUUUGCAAAACUUGACCUGUUCCAAGACAAAAAUAAAAAAGUUGCCGGAGCUCAAAACCUUCAAUCUGUGAGAGUGCAGCUUUAAACGUUUUUGCAUUGUAAUGAUGGAUGGGUUACCUUUAUAUGUUUCACGUUUUGUGUUACUAUUUUACUAUUGUGAGUUGGUACAAACUGUCUCUCUAUAUAUAUUAACUAUAUAUAGAAUAUAAGAAGGGUGCAAUAACAUUUAUUUAUAUAUCCGUAAAUGUAUAUUUAUAUACAUUAUAUGUACAUGUACCUGUGUUUAUUAUUAUUUCAG